GGCCUGUUUCCGUGCGGUAUCUCUAAACUAAACUAAAUAAACUUAAGUUCUUUCCUAUUUUUAGAUUGUUCAGAAUGCAGGUUAUGGCUAAAAAGUGUUUCUAUGAAAGGGGAAGUUGCCGACUUUCAUGUGAUUACGCUCCCUGUGGCAUGCAAAGGAAGUAAUUGACCAGUGUUGAGGUGAAGUCUGAAUGCUCAGAUACCUGAAACAUUAAAGCAAUUUCUCUCUCCAUUGAGUAAUUCUGCACUUUCUAUUUUAUUUCAGAAUUUCAGUGCCUGAUGUGUUUUGAUUAUCAAUUAAUUACAUUGUGUUGGUGCUGUGAUGAAAGUUAAUUUUGACAACAAAAUUUUACAAAUGUUUGAUUGACUCAAAUGUAACAUUCAAAGGCCACUGGGCUGAUUUAUUCUCAAAAAUACAUGGAAGAUUUACAAAUAUUGGAUGAGCAAAUGGAAGCACGUCCUUAAAUGGACAUCCUGGCAGACCUUAACCAGCCGUUACACUGCUGUGGUUAGAUCUUAAUCACAUCUGAAUCAUCCUGUAAUUAGUAGAGCACUAUACAAACCAGAGUAUAAAAGCCACAAGGAAAAUCCAGGAAACAGAAGUGUCCUGAAUAUCCUUCAGUUGAGAAGAGAAAGAUGAAGUAUUUUUGGUCUCCAGUUUUAUUUGUUUUAGUUCAUGUAACAUGUACUUCUGCUAUUCCGCAACUUUUUGAAGCUGAGAAAUAUGAGAAGGAUCGGCAGUUGGCUGAGACUUACCUGAAGCAAUUCUACAAGCUUGAAGAUCACUCAACACAAAUCAUGGGAAAGUUCAAAACCUACAGAGCAUCAGGUUUAUUAUCAGAGAAGAUUAGGGAAAUGCAAGACUAUUUUGGCCUCAGGGUAACUGGCUCUCUAGAUGCUGAAACUCUGGGAGUCAUGGAAAAGCCUCGAUGUGGAGUUCCUGACGUUGCUGAAUAUAAUCACUUCCCAAGAAAACUGAAAUGGAAACAGAAUAAGUUAACAUACAGAAUCGUGAAUUACACGCCAGAUCUGACAGUAGAAGAGGUAGACAACACUAUUGACCGGGCCUUAAAAGUCUGGAGCGAUGUUUUUCCUUUCACCUUCAACAAACUGAUGAAAGGAGAUGCUGAUUUCAUGAUAUCGUUCGAGAAACGCGAUCACGGGGACAAAUACCCAUUCGAUGGAUCAGGUAAGAUUCUGGCUCAUGCGAUUUUUCCUGGCACAUCCGCUCUAAGUGGCGACGUUCAUUUUAAUGACGACCAAACAUGGACCUUGACCAAAGACAGACCUAACCUUUUCAUUGUUGCGGCUCAUGAAUUUGGCCAUUCACUGGGACUGAGGCACUCAACUAAUUCAUCUGCUCUUAUGAGCAAAUAUUAUCGUUAUGUCGACACCGAUGGGUAUAGCCUCCCAGAGGAAGAUGCCAAACGAAUCCAGGAAUUGUAUGAAAACCUCGAAAACUAUUACUAAAGAACCACAGCAAAAAACGAACAUUUGGAUUAACGAAAUGUGUGUUGUCUUAAGAACUGCAAACAUUUAACUAUCAAAGCAUUAUAAUUUCAGACAGAUUUGAUUAAAUGUGAUUGUUUUGUUAGGGAAAAGGGAAUUAAAUGGUUUAUAAUCUCAAACAUAUUAAAAAAAAUGGCUAAUAUCUUUCUGUGAUGAUUAAUCUUGCAUUCUGAUGUGAAAUAUAUAAAUCAUAAUUUUGGAUUGAAACUGCAUAAAGUGCAUGUCACUGCAGUAUUAAUAUGCUAGAUUUCCAUCGUUUAAAUAAAGUACUAAUAAUAAAGAGCUGCUUCAUAUAUUUUGAUAGUAAUUCAAUUGUUUGCAGAACUGUACCUAAUGCUGUUUUCACAACCAGUGAUUUGGUUCAAGAUAUGAGUAGGGGUUGCUAUAAUUACUGUGCUCCUAAACUGAUAGAUCUGAAUCAGUUAAACAUAUUUCCUGUUCAUACCUUUUACAACUUUAUUAUUGCUGAACAACUUAAAAAUCUAAUCCUAUAUCAUUUGAAAUUAAUACAUGAUUCUUGACAUUGUGCCGAGACGAGAAUUAAAAAUCUUGCAGAUAUUUUAUUGUGUCUUUGUAUU